AUGGCUCCCAAGAUUCUGUUUGUCCUGACCAGCUGUGGUGAGAUGAACAAUGGUAAACCCACUGGUUGGUAUUUGCCCGAGUUCGCUCGACCCUACUACCGCCUCAUAGGGGAUGAUGAGGCCAAUCCGAAGGCUGAAAUCGUCGUGGCCUCUCCUGCUGGGGGUGUGGCGCCCAUUGAUCAAGGUUCCGUCAGGAACUUCUCGAACGAUCCAAUCUCGGUCAAGUUCUUCGAUUCCAAGAAGGCGCUUUGGGAGAACACGAAGCCCCUGGAGGACUUCCUUGGGAAGGCAUCCGAGUUCGACGCCAUCUUUUAUCCUGGCGGCCACGGGCCCAUGUUUGACCUCGUCAAGGACGAGGACUCUCUCAAGUUGAUUGAGGAGUUUUACAAGGCCGGCAAGACUGUUGCAGCUGUCUGUCACGGCCCUAUCGUUUUCGUCAAUGCCACUGUGGACGGCAAGCCACUUCUCGAGGGCCGGAGGGCAGCCGGAUUCAGUAACGCAGAGGAAGAAGCUGUUGGUCUAACUGGGGCUAUGCCUGUUCUGCUCGAGGACGAAGUCAAGCGAGUCGGUGGUGAUUAUGUCAAGGCCGAGGCGCUCUGGAAGGAGAUGGUGGUUGUGGAUGGGCAGAUUAUCACUGGCCAGAACCCCGCAUCUGCUCAGGGUGUCGGCGCUGCGUUGGCCACCGCCGUCGGUUAG